AUGUACAGUAGCUCCUUGGCUGUGACUACCUUGGGCUGGACAUAUCAUUACUCACAAAAAACCAUGAACUGGACCCAGGCCCGACGUUGGUGCCAAACCGAUUACACAGACAUGGUGGUUAUCCAAAACCAGACAGAGAACAACUAUCUGGUCUCCAAGCUGCCAAACAGAACUAGGAGUCCAUAUUAUUGGAUUGGAAUCACUAAAAACCACAUGAAUGAAAAUUGGACCUGGAUUGGGAAUAACAGCACGUGGGUUGGUGAGCAGUCAUGGGCAGUAAACGAGCCCAAUAACAACCACAGCAAUGAGUUUUGUGUGGAGAUCUAUGUGAACACAGGACCAAACCGAGGGAAGUGGAAUGAUGAGAAAUGCGCCCUACAAAAAUACGCUGUUUGUUAUAAAGCCCAAUGUAAUGCAACAUCAUGUGGCAGAGGAAGAUGCCAGGAGAUGAUAGAAAACAUAACCUGCCUCUGUGAACCUGGCUUUAAGGGAGAUAGAUGCCAAACAGGUGAGGAGUUAGCUCUCUGA